ACCCCAGAUGAGCUGUUUAGCUCUCUCAUACAUUAUCAAAUGUGUUUUUAAUUGAUCUAAAAUGCUGUAGUACAAAACGCAUGAAUGUUUCUUUGAAUCAGUCGAAUCCAGUCUAGUGGCGCAGAGUGUGAAUCCUGUGCGACCUUGUAAUCCCGCGUCCGCUAAAGAUCACUUUGACGUUCCACUACUAAACAGAACAGCUCCCCCGCCUGUGUUUGUAGGACCACCUUCUCGGUUUCGUCACAUCAUGCCUUCAUAUAUGAAGGGUUCGAACAAGGUUGAACUAAAUUAGAGUAACAGGAGGCAGCGGAGAGAACCCGAAAGCAGAGCAGCAGAAUCAUGAAGGCACUGAGUGUCCUACACCGGGCUGCGAACACCCUGCUCAGCCAUCCCGGGGACCGGGGAAAUCUACUGACAAGGUGUGGGAUAAGCGGCGCCUCGACGUUAAAUAACAAGAUCCAGCCAGGGUUCGGUCUGCUGUUUGACAUCGAUGGGGUGCUGGUCCGGGGGAAGACUCCUAUUCCAUCUGCUAAAAAGGCCUUCCAGAAGUUGGUGGACUCCAGAGGACAGUUCUUGGUUCCUGUGGUGUUCGUCACCAACGCUGGAAACUGUCUACGUCAGAAGAAGGCUGAUCAACUGUCUCAAAUACUGGGAGUGUCUAUCUCCCAGGACCAGGUGAUGCUGUCUCACAGUCCUCUCAGGAUGUUCACGAAGUACCAUGAGAAAUGUGUUCUGGUGUCAGGACAAGGACCUGUACUGGAUAUCGCUAACAAUCUGGGCUUCCAGAAUGUGGUGAGCAUCGACAUGUUGAGAGAAUACUUCCCCCUGCUGGAUAUGGUGGACCACAACAGACGACCCAAACUACCAUCUUCACCUAUUGUGAAUCUCCCUAUAGUUCAAGCGGUCAUCCUGUUCGGCGAGCCAAUCCGAUGGGAGACCAACCUGCAGCUGAUCAUUGAUGUGUUGCUGACCAAUGGGAGCCUGGGUAACGCCCAUGAGAUGCGUCACUCCUCCCACCUGCCGCUGCUGGCCUGUAACAUGGACCUGAUGUGGAUGGCCGAGGCCCAGUCUCCACGAUUUGGCCACGGGAUGUUCCUUGUGUGUCUGGAGAACAUCUACAGGAAGAUAACGGGUCAGGAGCUGAAGUACGAAGCUCUGAUGGGGAAACCUUCUGAACUAACAUAUCACUUCGCUGAGUACCUCAUCAGGGAGCAGGCUGCAGAGAGAGGCUGGAGGACACCUAUAAGAACACUCUACGCUAUCGGAGACAACCUGAUGACAGAUAUCUAUGGAGCCAACCUGUAUAACCGCUAUCUGGAGGAAAGGGUCCGGACCAGGCAGACUGCUGCCCAAGUAGUGCAGGCCACGGUGGAGGGUACAGGGGGCGGAGGGUCCCCUAAAGCCCUUCUCCAGGACCAGAACAUGGAGACGGCCUUGGAGAGCGAGCUAGCCUCCCCCUCCGCCACCUCCUGUAAAUCCCUGCUGGUAUGUACCGGUGUCUAUAACCCCCACAGCGAGGUGCCGGCUGAUGCAGGCCACAGCAUCACCGAGACUGUGUUCCAUGGUCACCGGGACUUCCGCUUCGACCCGGCCCUGAUGGAACCAGGACACAUCGUAGAGGACGUACACAACGCUGUGGAACUCAUCUGUCAACAGGAGAACUUUGUCUCUACUAGGCAUUGACCUGUAGAAUAGCAUUAGAGUUGUUUAACUUUGUAAGUCCAAAAUGACCCUAUUCCCUGUGUAGUUCAAAAGAUAGGGAAUAUGGUGCCAUUUCAUAUUUGUAUAUAACAUCCCAGUGAAGAUGGUUUCAGGGUUAAAAACUGAGGAAGUAGAAACAGUAGAAAUAGCAGAGUCUGAGACUGUAGAAACAGUAGAGUCUGAGACUGUAGAAACAGUAGUCUGAGACUGUAGAAACAAUAGAGUCUGAGACUGUAGAAACAGUAGAGUCUGAGACUGUAGAAACAGUAGAGUCUGAGACUGUAGAAACAAUAGAGUCUGAGACUGUAGAAACAAUAGAGUCUGAGACUGUAGAAACAAUAGAGUCUGAGACUGUAGAAACAGUAGUCUGAGACUGUAGAAACAGUAGAGUCUGAGACUGUAGAAACAAUAGAGUCUGAGACUGUAGAAACAAUAGAGUCUGAGACUGUAGAAACAAUAGAGUCUGAGACUGUAGAAACAGUAGUCUGAGACUGUAGAAACAGUAGUCUGAGACUGUAGAAACAGUAGUCUGAGACUGUAGAAACAGUAGUCUGAGACUGUAGAAACAGUAGUCUGAGACUGUAGAAACAGUAGUCUGAGACUGUAGAAACAGAAUAAACAGUAGUCUAAGACUGUAGAAAUAGUAGAAACAGUAGUCUAAGACUGUAGAAACAGUAGAGUCUGAGACUAUAGAAACAGUAGAGUCUGAGACUGUAGAAACAGUAGUCUGAAACAGUAGAAACAGUAGAGUCUGAGACUAUAGAAACAGUAGAGUUUGAGACUGUAGGAACAGUAGAGUCUGAGACUGUAGAAAUAGCAGUCAGACUGUAUAAACAGUAGUCUGAGACUGUAGAAACAGUAGUCUGAGACUGUAGAAACAGAAUAAACAGUAGUCUAAGACUGUAGAAACAGAAUAAACAGUAGUCUAAGACUGUAGAAACAGUAGAGUCUGAGACUAUAGAAACAGUAGAGUCUGAGACUAUAGAAACAGUAGAGUCUGAGACUGUAGAAACAGUAGUCUGAGACUGUAGAAACAGUAGAAACAGUAGUCUGAGACUAUAGAAACAGUAGAGUUUGAGACUGUAGAAACAGUAGAGUCUGAGACUGUAGAAACAGUAGAGUCUGAGACUGUAGAAACAGUAGAGUCUGAGACUGUAGAAACAAUAGAGUCUGAGACUGUAGAAACAAUAGAGUCUGAGACUGUAGAAACAGUAGUCUGAGAUUGUAGAAACAGUACUCUGAGACUGUAGAAACAGUAGUCUGAGACUGUAGAAAUAGUAGAAACAGUAGAGUCUGAGACUAUAGAAACAGUAGAGUUUGAGACUGUAGGAACAGUAGAGUCAGACUGUAGAAAUAGCAGUCCGACUGUAUAAACAGUAGUCUGAGACUGUAGAAACAG